GUGGUGGUGGUGGUGAAAGGAACGGAUUAAAGUCGUCGCGGUGAACGCGCCUGGGAGUUAAAUGGCAUCUCCGGGAAGGAAUACGCCGGGACUUCCCGUCGGCCAGUCGCGGAGAAAAUAAACAAGCCGCAUGAGAAGACAAAACUCAGGUCCAGCCAGGCUGUGUGCAGCCGUAAAGCGCCAUCAUGCUGGCUUGCAUUCAAAGACGCCAGAACCUGUCGUCGCAGCAUUUGACCUGCGUGCCUAAAAGCCUGGAUGUGCCGACGCCGCCACUGCUGCUGCCUGCGCCGCCGCCACCCCCGCUGUGCACCCAUAAAGGCGAGCCACCCUCUGCCGCGUCCAGGUACCCGUCUCCAGCCGAGCUGGACGCCUUCGCCAGGAGGACGGCCAGCAGCCCGCUGUGCAUCAAGAUUUUUCCGUCGGACAUCCGGGUGCCGCAACACAAACAGCUCAGCAAGACUGUGAACGGUCUGGACACCACGGGCCAGAGCUACGGCACUUACUCGCAGCCUUACGCGGGAGGCUACCAGGGCUUGUUGGCCAUCGGCCAGGUGGCGGCGGCGGCGACGGUUAAGGGUGUGGUGAAGAACUCGGACGGGAAAAGGACGAAGCAGACGCACAGCCAGGGUUGUCCGACGGCAUAUAAAAACCCAGCCAAUCGCGGAUAUCCCGUCAGGCACGGGCACAAGGCCCAUCACGUGAGCUCGUGUAAGCCCGACGUUCCCGUGGAGACGCUUUGUUCCAUUGCCGGGAUGCCCUCCGGAGAUCACAGCCUGCUCCCUUGCUCUGAGCUCGCCGAGGUUCAGAGCCUGAUGAGGCAGCUAAACCGAGUCCCCCGGCCAGGGGGCGAGGCUCGAGCCAGCCCCUCUCUGCAGGCGGUGGCGGCCGUGGCCCGCUCGGACUUCGCCGCGGGCGUCCCUCUGACGCAAAGCAGCACCCCGUUCGGCGGGGCGGUGGUCCCCAUGCAGGGCGCCGCUCACGUGGCCCAGGCUGACUAUGCCGCGUGGCAACACAGGCAUCACUUGUAUCGGCGGGGAGCGGCGAGGAUGUACAACCUCGUAGCGGCAGACUCCGGAAUGGGACAGUCUCCUGAAAGCUGCCUGCCUUUGGUGUCCUCCUCGUACGGGGUGCAUCCGCCCGUGCAGGAUCCCUUUUCUGUCAAACACUUCUUCACCCCGCUGUGGGACGGCGUUAGCGCUACGCCCAACAGCGACUGCUGCGCUUCUCAGGUGCCGGGUACCUUGGCGCCCCUGCACCCCCAUCUCGGCCAACACCACCAGACGCAUUUCCACCCUGUUCCUGUCCAUCCUCAGGUCUACGGCACGGAGCAAAAUGUCUGCUGCGGACCGCCGGGCGCGAGCCUGUGUCACGCCGCAGCACUCAGCAGAAGUCUGCAGUCUCUGGAGUGCCUCAUCAGUGAAAUCCAGCCGCCCUGCAUCAAAGAGCGCAUGCUGGGCCGCGGGUACGAGGCUGCCGGGACGCAGCAGAUGCUGGAGCAGCAGCAGCAGCAGCUUCCUCAUCAUCAUCACGCCCACAUCCAACUUCCAGUGUACAGAUGAGAUGCAACGCGCCCGACGACAACUCGCUUUGACGUCAAGGGCGACGCGCUGGACAUCAGUUGCGUAAUUCGGAAUUUGACCAAAAUAUUCAGGAAGUUGCACAAAAAUGGGCCAUUUUGAAACUGCUGUUGGAAGCGUAAUUCGCACCUACAGUUCCUACAGGAACAGAUGUAAAUAUGCCACAAAUGCCAAACACAUUUUACAGCAUUACUCGUAAAAAUAUUUGGUUUACAAAUUAUUUGAUUUCAGAUGGGGAAAAAGUACAGCGCAGAAAACUUUACGUAACUUUUUCCCCUAACUACCAGGGGUGUUCAUAGCCCCUCCCACACUCACACACACAAAGAUCUCCUCUCUGUCGAGACGUUUCACUUCAACAUAGUUCCUUGACACAGAUAUUCUUCUUUGCUAGUAGACAGAACUUUGGUGCCAUCUUUUAGUGCGUCGGGUACUGCUAUAUUUCUUAAUUUCAAUACAAGAGAAAUCUUAAAGAGGCAUUUAUGUUUGAUAUGUCUGCUGCAUGUGCAUCAACCAAGUGUAACGGUCCUUUCCGACUGGCCACCUUAAGCUCCGCCCCCUUAGCGACAGUUGCUGUGUCCCACCAGCUUGCAAAAUGGCGAUUGAACAGAACAGGUUUGAAGUCGCUUCUCUAUCGCGUAUUCCAGAUAAUAUUGCGGUAUGUUUUUUGCCAAAUGUGUCAGACUUGUCCAAGAGAGUUCUAGGGAGAGGUCUCAACUAUUUCACGCAAGGAUAUAUACACAGAAUUAGGAUUUUGGACGGAUAUCGUUCAUCAGAAUUGCACGUUCCCCAAGUGCAUCUGAGGGCCAUUUUCUUCGGAACAUUAACUUUUCCAAGCGCAUGCUACUGUCAACCAGAAUUGCCCGUGGGACAACAUAGCAGCAGGGGGCGUGUCAAGCCAGGUGGUUAAGACAAUGCGGCUAUCUGGUUGGCUAUUCUCGUACGAGUGAUUGACAGGCCGGAAAGAUCCAUCGGGCAAUCUUAGCAACGAAGUGCUGCCCCCACAAGCGAAAACGCAAUCCAAGCUCUUACCGUCUUG